AUGCCCAGAGUUGACCCCAACAAGGAGCGCCGGGAGGCUGUGAAGCGGAAGAUCACACAGUACCUGAGGCGUGCAGAGGAGAUCUUCAACUGCCACCUCCAGCGGGCUGCAGGGGGUGGCAACCCCACCACCACGGGUUACAGCAGCCUGCGCUUCCGGCCGAUCAGGACGCUGAGCUCGGCGGUGGAGAACCUGAGGCGGUGUAAGGUUGUGGGAGUGAUCGACAAGGUGCAGGUCGUCCAGGAUCCGGCCACUGGUGGGACCUUUAUACUUAAGAGUCUCCCCAAAUCCCACGUUGAGACCCGUGAGCGACAGACCAUCAUCCCUCAUGGGGUUCCCUUCAUGGUCAAGCUGCUGUGCUACUAUGUGAGUGAGGACUCCAUCUUCCUCCACCUGGAGCACGUGCAGGGGGAGACGCUGUGGUCUCACCUCCGCUCCAAGUACUGUGUCCAGCAGGGCUCUGCCGAUUCAAACACCGUGCAAGCCCUGAGGGACCGUGGCAGAGAGGACGGCCUCGGAAGCUCCCAGGGCAGCAGCCAAAGGCAGCUUUGCAUUGCCCCGUCCAGCUCCAGCAAGCCCCGUGGGCCUGACCCCGCGGUGCGGGAGCCCUCAUGGGGAGCGAGCCCAGCCUGUGGCCAGCUUGGAGAGGGGCUGCCCUCGGGACAGUGCCGGCCUCUGGCUUCCCGUGACCCCGGCCGGAGAGCGUGGGCUGUGGAAGAGGAGCAGGUGCGGCUGUGGGCAGCGGAAAUCCUCCUGGCCUUGGAGGGACUUCACCAACAGGGUGUGUUGUGCCGGGACCUCAACCCCAGGAACCUGCUGCUGGACGCGGCCGGUCAUGUUCGUCUCACCUUCUUUGGCCAGUGGACAGAGGUGGAGCCCCAGUGCUGCAGCCAGGCCCGGGACGAGCUGUACAGUGCCCCCGAAGUUGGGGGGAUCAUGGAGCCCACCGAGGCAGCUGACUGCUGGAGCUUUGGCUCUCUCUUGUACGAGUUGCUGACAGGAGUGCCACUGUCCCAAAACCACCCUUCAGGGAUUCAACUUCACACCCAGCUGCAUCUGCCGGAGCGGCUCAGCCUGGCUGCUGCAUCACUGCUCACUGAGCUCCUGCAGUACAACCCGAAGCAGCGUCUGGGCUCUGGAGGAGGUGGCAUGGCGAAGCUCAAGUCCCACUCCUUCUUCAGCACCAUCCCGUGGAACAAGCUCGUGGGCUAG